AUGCCAACAUCACAUACAUAUGAAAGAUUAUCUACUAAUCAAAUGAUACCUAAUGCACAACAACAAUCACAACAAUCACAACCACUGCCGUCUACUCACCAACUGACAAAUCUAUUACAAACGGAACAAGCGGAAGAACAACAAGGGCUAUUAACUUCAUUCACCUCAACCCUAUCAUCAUCAUCAACUACCCCCAUUAUCCCCUCAUCACAAACAAAUCCUCAAUCUAAUACAGACAAUAGAUUAUCAUUCACAAUACCGUCUUCUCCUCCAAUAGCAUCAUCAUCAACAUCCCUUCCAUCCCCUCACGCGAACGAUGUCGACGACCUCGAACAACAACCCUCAUCCUCUUCCAAUCCCACAGCCAACCCCAGACAAUCCACCCGUAUAAAAAUAAUCAACAUUUUCCACAAAUACAUCCCCAUAAAACAAACCUACGAACGUAUAAACAACGGCCUAACCACCGGCAGAAUGCAACUGAAUGCUCCCGGCCGUUUCAUCGGCCAGGGGACCGACGGAGUAUUUCGAAACCUAAUGGCAAAACCAGAUCUCGAAUCCACAUUACAACAACAAGAAUUAAACCCCCCUUCAUAUGAAGAAGCCGCCGCCGAUGCGGCCCCGGAAUAUUGGGAUCUGAAUGUCAUAUCGCCCAUGUAUGAAGAUGAAGUGUUUGUUGAGGGUUUACCCGUAGGGAAUGUGGCGAAUUUUGUUUGGAAUGGAUUGGUGAGUGUUGCGUUCCAAUUUGUGGGGUUUAUAUUGUGUUAUUUGUUACAUACUUCCCAUGCGGCCAAGGAAGGGUCGAAAGUGGGGUUAGGGAUAACACUUGUGAUGUAUGGAUGGGAUAUCGUGCCGGCUAAUUUUGGACAUCUGGAUAAAAUCCCCAAGAUGUACCUUCCUACCGACCCAAAUGUAUUCGAUGGAAUCGACAAAUUAACUCGCAUUGGGGGGAAACAUGUUCCAACUUUUAAAACUGAGUCCGGGGGUGUUUAUAGACAUAAUCGUCCAGGACAUGGGGGCGGGAGUAAUAGAUCAGCUCCAUAUGUUGCAUAUGGAUUGAUUGCAUUUGGAUUGUUUAUAAUUAUAAAAGGUUUCGUUGAUUUUUAUCGAGUUAAAGUUACAGAAAAGAAAAUAUUAGCUCCUCUGCAGGGGGGGAGGAGUAAUAAUAAUGGAGAAGAUAAUACUACUUCUGUGACUGAACAAGUGGAGAAUGCCACUGAUGAGAGGUGA